AUGCCAGUAGCGUUGGACGCAUAUGGACAGCCGCCUUACAACGUCUACGGCUACCAGCAACCGUCUCAAACUGAUGACGCGCGGCGGGUGAAGGAGCGUCUGGACUGGGAAGCGGACAAGCGUCGCGACGAGGAGCUUCGUCUCUUGGCCGAAGAACGCCGCUGUUGGGACGAGUCGCGCCUGUACGCAGCGCGCUCGGAAGGAUAUGGCCAAUUUCAUAUGCCAUCAGCCAAUCCGCAGCCGCAUCAGCCUCAGCCUCAGCCUCAUCAGCCCGACAUCUUCUUGCAGACGCGACAAACCCUCGCGGACCAGAAGACGAGGCUGCAGGCGCAGACGGUGCAAAACGAAGAAGUUGACAUCAAGGAUACCCUCGCGGAGCUGAUGAAAAAGAUCACCCGCACCAAGUCCAAGUUGGGCGACUUGAAUGUUAGCAGUCGAAAGCGAGGCGCAGAAGACGAUGGAAGGAAUCAGACUUCAUCUAGUCGUAAGCCUUCCGAAUCGCGCGGUCGCUCUGGUCGUCCGACAAACCGGGAGAACUUUGAUGCAUCGACCUGGGGUCGAGGUACGCAGUCUGAGCGUGCCUCAUUAAAGGAGACAUAA